AGUGAUGUAUCGGCUUUGGAUGUGGUGUGUUGCGCUUACGUUGGCGGCGCUAUGGUUUGCGCCAGCGCAGGCUGUCGUCGGAGGCGCCCCAGCCUCACCUCCCGAACCUGACGCUGCGGUUGUCUUCACACAGCGGCACGGGUUCAGCGCACGUAUCGAAGGAAUUAAAGAUGAUAAACUUGGAUAUUAUAGCUUUUAUGGAAUCAGAUAUGCGGAACCACCAUUGGGUCCUCAAAGGUUCCAGCGGCCCAUUCGCCGGUUCCUCGCUGGAGAGAUGAUCGCCAACCGACACUGCUAUCCAUGCCCACAACCGGAUCCUUACCAGCGAAAUCGGAUCAUAGGCCAUGAAGAUUGCUUGUGCCUGAAUGUAUAUGCUCCCAAAAUGCCUGCUACUGAAGAAGGAAGCCCAGUUGUCUUCUUCAUUCAUGGUGGUAACUACAGAACAGGAUCAACGGCAUCGUAUGGUGGUCAACAUCUAGCUCAGAAGGACACGAUAUUAGUGACAGCUCAAUAUCGACUGGGAUCAUUAGGAUAUCUGAGCACGGGACAGAGGGAUGCUGGAGGAAAUCUUGGGCUUUUUGACCUGCACACUGCCAUGGUCUGGAUCCAAGAUUACAUUCAAUUCUUCGGUGGCGAUCCAAAACGAGUGGUUGUUAUGGGCCAAGGUUCUGGUGGUAGUGCGGCUUCUCUCAUGGCAAUGUCGCCUGAAGGCACGGUGAGACCCGAUCCGGCCAAACACGCUGAGGCUGUAGCUGAACGUACAGGGUGCCCAAAGAAACCAGCUGAAAGUCUACUCAUAUGUUUGAGGCAACUACCCGUUGAGAAACUUGUGCAGGCCGACGAGGAUAUAAAUAUGGAUAUGGUGGAUACACAACGGUUUUUGGAAGAGAUCUCUGGACGUUCAGGUGCUGGUGCCAGAGUGGAAGGUGCGGAUGACCUCCGAGGUCUUCCACCGAUAGUAGCCGAGUCUCCAGCUGAGGCUCUCAACAAGAAACAGAAGCGUGUCCCACUGCUCACUGGCGUUACUUCAGCAGAGACCUCAAGAGCUGUAUUUGGAAAAUUCAACAAGUUCUUAACAAACCAGCUUCAAACCGUGAAGGACUUUUUGAAGAAGGACUUAAUCGGUGGUCUGCAAAACGUGGUUCAUGGAGUAGAGGGUCUGAUUCCUCUGGCUUCCAACGUGCAAACCGUGUUGCCUGUAACUGACUACUACGAGGGUUUGCUCAAACAGGCUACCGAUAUCGUUGAUAGACUCUCUGAAGUUGCUGAAGCCACAGGUGACGCGCUGUUUAACUUCCCCGCCUACCAAAGUGUUCAGAAGUGGAGCACAGGGGGUCAUGCUUUCCUCUAUAGCUUCGAACAUGUUGGAAACCUCUCGAAAGGAUGGCAUUUCUUGCCUGGAGUGGCUCUUGCAGAGAAAGAUGACAGUGAAAUGGUUAAGCCGAAAAAAGCACAAGGUCCAUCUCAUGGUGAUGAACUAGCUUACAUCUUCGAGCCUUUGGGUCCUGACGGCAAGUCUAUGGGAGAUGAAGUAUCCAGCACCGAUGCUAGAGUGCGUGAUAACUUCGUGGGACUCAUCGCCAAAUUCGCUCAUGGAUCUGAUAAAACUGAUGCCAAUAACAACACACUGUUCGGUUUUGCAGCUAACUUAUUACCAAGAAGUAAAGAUCAAUUUUUAAAAAUUGGCGAAUCUUUGACUAUUGAUAAAGAUUUCAGAUUCUGCCAAAUCGGUCUAUGGGGUAAUAUGGCAGACCGACUAACAGGGGCUCUCUGUAAGAAUUUACUUGGGGACUUGUUAAACCUGUCGCAAUUGCCCAUCGACUUGAAAAUACCGCAGCAGUUGGGUGGACAGAACAACGGGCCCUUGGGUGGCCUCGGUCUUUUGGGCAAUACGGGUACUAGAGCGCCUCAAAUACAGAAGCAACCACUGAGAACCACAAAGGCCCCCUUCAGACUACCAUUUGAUUUUUAGAUUCAACAAAUAAUGUCUUAAACAUACUCCAUUAACUUGAUUGUUAAAAGUUCUUUGUUGUAUUAAAUUUGUGUAAAUGUUAAAAUUUUGUACAUGUCUGGUGGUCUGCUAAUUAAAAGAAUUUUACCUAAUAAAUUACCUACCUAAUAAACCUACUUAUCGAAUUUUCAA